UUUCUGUUCCAGGAAGGCGUCCCACAGUCAUGGCGGCUGUUCGGAAGCCCGUGCUCCUUGGGCUCCGAGACGCUGCAGUGCACGGCCACCCCAAGGGGCCGGGCGCCUGGACCGCCAGCAAGCUGGGCGGCUUCCCGGAUGCUUUGCCCGGCGUAUUAGUGCCGAGGCCGGUGUGUGGACGCUGUGGACAGGGGCUCGUCUUGGCCGUACAAGUUUACUGCCCUCUGGAAGGCUCCCCGUUUCAUCGGCUGCUGCACGUGUUCGCCUGCGCCAGCCCCAGGUGCGGCGGCGGCGGGGUGCGCAGCUGGAAGGUGUUCCGCUCCCAGUGCUUGCAAAUGCGAGAGGACGCGCAGGACUCCCAGAAACAGGAAAAUGGCCUUGCAGCAGAGGACUGGUGUGAAGGUGCAGACGACUGGGGAAGUGACAGUGAGGAGGCAUCUCCACCACAAGUUACCUCAGGUUUUGGAAAUUAUUCUAACAGUGCCAAAGAUGUAGACUGCACAGCCCAGCUCCAAGACCUCAGCCUGCAGGAUGCUGUCUUGGAUGCUGCUCAUCCCACACCUCCUGGGGAAGGGCUGGCCUUGCCCUCUGUGGGGCCACAGUUCCUGCCCUUCUACAUCGGUGUCGUGGAUGAGGAUGAUUAUGUAGACUUCAUCAACCUGGAUCAUGCCCACAGCCUUCUGAGGGAGUAUCAACAGAGAGAAGGAGUUGACAUGGAACAGUUACUUUCCCAAAGUCCUUCUAGUGAUGGUGAUGAAAAAUAUGAGAAGACCAUCAUUAAAAGUGGAGAUAAGUUGUUUUACAAAUUCAUGAAGAGAAUUGCAGCUUGUCAGGAGCAGAUUUUGAGGUAUUCCUGGAGCGGAGAGCCACUCUUUUUAACCUACCCUUCAUCAGAGGUCAGUGAGCUCCCAGUCUGCAGCCACUGUGGAAGCCAAAGGAUAUUUGAGUUUCAGCUUAUGCCAGCACUUGUCAGCAUGCUCAAAAGUAAUGAUUUAGAUCUUUCUGUGGAAUUUGGAACAAUUCUAAUUUACACAUGUGAGAAGAGUUGCUGGCCUCAAAAUCAUCAGGCUCCCAUGGAAGAAUUUUGUAUUAUACAAGAAGACCCAGAUGAAUUAUUAUUUAAGUAGAGCAUUUCACUUGUAUAUGCAUAAAGUAAAACAAAUUUUAAUGACCAAA